CCGGAAAUGACGCACAGACGCCAAAAUGGCGUCAGAUUAAAAAAACCUCCAGAGAUUUCCCCCCUGUCCGGUGUUUCGGCGCCUUCGCUUGGCGGUGAUUCUGUUUUAGCUGCAGAAGUAAACAGACUUUGUUUUGGCGGAGCUAAGCGUCGUUGUCCUGGCAACAGCAGCAUCCGCACGCGGCGGCGCCAGGCGCUCAGCUGCCGUAAACAGGCCGAUCAGAGCCGCGAAACACCCGCAGGAGCUUUAAGACCGGCCGGAUCGGACCCAGGAGGGAGACCCGAACCCAGAGAUGCCCCAGAAGGACGAACAGGCCAUAGACCGGGCCAGAAAGGAGAGGAGACACAAGGAUGAGGAGCGAGGAGGCGGGGCUAAGCCGAGGGGAGGGAGGAGGGCAGCUUCAGAGGGAGGUGAAGGGAGCGAGGAGGCGAGGAGGCUGAGGUGGCGGAUCAACCAGCUGGAGAAUGAGAAAGUGACGCUGACGGCGAGCCAGAACCAGGAGGUGUGCGGCCUCCAGGCGGAGCUGACCCGCCUCCGCUCCUCGCUGGAGCGUGGCGAGGCCCAGAGGGCGGAGCUUCAGUACCAGCUAACUGUGAGCCGCAGAGACGGGGAGCGGGCAGCGGAGCUGAGCAGAGAUCGAGAGGCGCUCGCAGAGCGGCUGCAGCAGACGGUGGAGGAGCUGCAGACGGCUCUGCACAUCACCCGACGGGCCAGGGACGAGGACCAGCAUGCUUUGCAGCUGGAGCUGGAGGAGCGCGACCGUCUGGUCCAAAGCCUGGGCUCCGAGAGCCAGAGGCUGCACGGCCUGCUGCAGGAGCAGAAGGAGGCGCUGCAGGAGUCUGAGAGGAGGAUAAUGGAGGUGGAGAGAGAGAGGCAGAGGGAGGUGGAGCUGAGUGAACGGCGAGCCGAGGAGCUGAAGUUCCUGACGGGGAGAGAGGAGAGGAUCCGGCGGGAGAAGGAGGUGUCCGACCAGAGGGUGACGUGUCUGGAGUCCGGGCUAGAGGCGGAGCGAGCGGCUCACCUGGAGUCAAAGUUCAACUGUGAGGUCAUCCAGCUGCGGCUGCAGGACCUGGAGGCGGCGCUGGCGGCGGAGCGGUCCAGCCAGCAGGAGGCGCAGCAGAGGGCGGAGCUUCUGCAAGCUCAGCUCGCUGAGGCCGAGCGAGCCUGCAGCCUGCAGACGGAGAGGAGCGGCAGGACUGAGCGUGCUCUGCAGCGGUUACAGGACCAACGCCGGCAGAGCGAGGCCGCUCUGAGCGUCGCCAUGGAGACGGAGAAGACCAACAGAUGUGAGCUGGAGGCGGAGAGAAGGAAACUGGCCACGUCACAGGCUCUGCUGGAGCAGGCGGUCCAGCGUCAGUCUGAUGCAGAGGAGGCCUUCACGAAGUUCAUGCAGGGGAUGACAGACACGCUGCACCGACACAGGAGCACGGCUGAGCCCACACCACACCCCACAAAGGAUGAUGGGAAACGGAGUCCCGCUGAGCUCCUGCAGCUGCUGGAGAGCACCCUCUGCAGCUCCCAGCACAGCGUGGAGGAGGCCCACAAGGAGGUCCAGGAUCUUCUGGAAGCCUCAGAGAGAAUCCGGCAGGAGAAGGAGGCUCUGCUGCUGCUGACCGCCAACCAGAAGAAGCACCUCCAUGACCACCAGCAGCUGUGUGCGCAGCUGCAGGAGGACGUGACCCGUCUGCGCCAGCAGAGCUCUGAUUGGUCGAUGCAGCUGCAGGGCCUGCAGGAGGAGCUGCAGCGGGAGAAGGAGGACAGGAGAGCAGAGAUGCUGAGGAUCAGCGGCAGCCGCCAGCAGGAGUCAGAGGACCGCCUGUCCUCCCUGCACCGUCUGUACCAGCGCCUGCUGGCCGGCUGCGUGCUGCUUGACCAGCCCCAGAGCAUUCUGGGAGACUUCACCUGGGAGGAGCUGUGUGAUGUCAUCGGCGAGCAGGCGGAGCGGCUGACCUCUGACCUGCAGAAGGCCAACACUCAGACGGCAGAGCUGCAGCGUCUGUGUGAGCAGAGGAGCCUGCGUCUGCGCGCUCUGCAGCGCAGCCAGGAGUCCACGCUGAAGCAGCUGGAGGAGCGGCUGAGGAGGAGGGAGGAGGCCUGGAGGAGACGCCACGCCCACACCCAGAGCCGGCUGCAGCUGUGUCGCUCUCGGCGCGAUGCCCUGCAGGACCACGCCUCCUCUCUGGAGCAGCGCUGCUGCUCGCUGACCUCUGACCUCUCCCGCCUGCAGCAGGAGGCCUCCUCCUCCCUCCUGGCCGUCGCCCUGCUCUCCGGUGCACUGAGGCACGCCCACCGCCGGCUGGGCGCGCUGGGCGAGCAGAAAAGACUCCUCUGCCGGCGGCUGCUGGAGAACGAGCAGCUGGAGCAGGAGGUGAGGAGGCUGGCAGGAGCUCUGGGAGGAGACGAGGAGGAGGAGGGAGGAGAAGGGCGGGCUGUGAGGCGGUGGAGGAGGAGCGUGUGUGCCCUGUUGGCAGUGAGGAGGUGGAGCCUGUUGGGUAGAAAAACACAGGUGGUGUUUCGGGUGGAGGGAGGCGGAGCAACAGUUGGUGUGUGUGCUGACUCUACGGCGAGCGCCAAGGGUCAAGACUGCACAGAAACAGACAAAGAUGGCGUCUGCGCGCGCUGGCUUCAGUCUGAACAGCUGUGGUCCAGCGUCCUGUCCUCCAUGGCUGACCUGCGGGGGGCGCUGAUGCACGCCGGCUCCUCCCCUUCGGUCCUCAUCCCAGCUGCUCGCUCGGGUUUGGCCCGCCUCCUGGAUCACCUGUUCAGCCAAUCAACUUCCUCUGGCCUGCCUUUGGUUGAGUCAGACCAGAACUCGCUGAGCGACCGUCUGAGGCGACCGACGCCGACGCGGCCCGACCCGAAGGCCCUGGUGUCCACGCUGCAGCAGCACUUCCUGCUCUUCAGCCAACGGCUGCACUCGGCCGAGGUGGAGAGGCGGAGCCUGCGGCUGGAAGUGACCAAUCUGAAGAGAGGACUGCGGCGGGAGACGGAGGCGGCGAGUAAAACCGUGUCGGCGCAGCACCUCCCCAGCGUGUGGGCGGAGCUCCGUCAGGCCCUCAGCAGAGAACAUGAAGCUCAGACUUUGAUCCAGGAACAGACCAAUCAGAUGAGGGCUGUGCAGCAAACCACACAGGAGCUGUCUGAGGCUCGGCGGGAGGUGAGUCGCAAGGAGCGCACGCUGAGGAUUCUGGGUAAUCAUCUGUCUGAGGUCCAGAGGCAGAAGAGGCAGCUGGAGGAGCGUCUUCAUCGCGCCGAAGACGAGCUGAGAGACGCCAGCAGAUGUCGAGAAGGUUUGAUCCACUGCAUGGAGGCUGCAGAGACGGCCUGCAAGCAGGUCAGAGAGAGUCUCCUCCAAUCACAGCACUCGCUCACAGCUAAGCCCCGCCUCUUGAUGCUACGUAAAGACCAAAGUGAGCUGGGUGGAUCAGAGAGCAUCAUGGGAACUGCUGAGAGGAGCGCCUGCCAGAGCUUCCUGUCCGCCGUCUCCCAGCUCUGUCUCACCUGCAGCUCCAGGAUCGAUUGGCUGCAGCAGGAAGUCUCCGCCCACCGCAGUCACGUGGCCGCGCUGCGUGGCGAGCUGCAGGACGCCUGCCUCAGAGACAGCCUGGCCUUCGUCCCUCUGGGAGAGUUUCCUGAAACAUCAAACUCCUCUGAUGGAGAAAAACAUUCACCCAAACAGUGAAGAGAGUUCCCAGACCUGAAUAAAACAAGCCCCGCCCCCUCCCCGAAUCUCAAUGCAACCCACCUGGAUGGAAACCAUGGAGACAACGCCAAAGCAAAACGAAAGGACGGGUGACACGCAGAGGGAGGAGCCGUUUCCAUGCCGACGCAUAAAUCAUGUGAAAGAUUGUGAAAAGUAAACGUGAAGAACAGAGGAGAAUGGAAAUCACUUGAACAGAUCUUCUCCAUCACAGCUGGAUGCAGUCCAGGUGUUUGUCUGUCGUCAUGGUUACGAUGUAGCAGCUAAAUGAAGUCCAGGUAUUAAAACUUUGUCUCACCUGGAGACUUUAGAAUGUCCUUCCUGAAGGAAAUAAAUGUGAAAUUCUUCUUCAAUUCUCUUUAAAACACCACAUUUUAGUAGUAUUUUAUUUAUUUCUAAUGUACUUUUUCAUGUUUCUAUGAUGGAUGUCAAAUGUAAACAUCUCCUUUCACCUCCUAAAUAAAAUCUGUAAUUCUGAAGAA